AUACAAGUUGGUUAACAUUCAUCAAGUGGGGCAAAGAAACACCAUAGCCCGUGAUAUGCGCACUUUGACCCCUUACGUUUCCAAACAUUUCAUCAACAACCCCAGGAGGAUACGUAUACACUAUCAAAAUCAAACCUGUGAGAUCACAAAUUAGGGCUCGUAAAUAAUCCUCUUCAAUGGCAACGACGAAUAUCCAUGAUUCUGCAACCCUUACGACGGAUGCCGGUGAUAAAAACACCACCGAAGAAGGUGAUUCGGUUACCGAUGAUACUCAGCGGAAGAUCCGCCGUCCGGAGCGGUUCGGUUUGCCGGUUCAGCUUUCUGAGAGGGACCGGAUACUUGAAGUUUUGAUAACCACCCAAUGCACAAAAAAAGAACCCGGAAUGGUACACCCGGGUCCGUCAAAAGCGAAGAGGAAGCAUAGAAAGAAGGCGGUUGACGCCGAACCCGUGGAAAAGAAUGUUAUGCAUUGGACCUCUGAUGAGGAGCUAGCUUUGGCUCGUGCGUGGGUCGAAAUAUCCGAGGACCCGGCUACCGGAAAUCAUUAUAAAGGCACCGACUUUUGGAAACGUGUUCGUGAAGCGUUUCACAAAUUAACGGGACGAGAACCAUACCGGAAUGCGGAUUCCAUUUCCGGUAAAUGGAGAGAAAUGCGUAGAAAAGUUGCCGCGUUUAACGUCAUCUUCAACAACCUCUCCAACAAUCGUGGUAGAACUAACGGGGCUAGCGAUGUGGACUUGCUAAUCGAGGCACACAAAAUCUAUAAACAAGAUAAGUCCCAUGGGUUCACAAUGGAUAAACCGUGGCAAAUCUUAAGGAAAAGCACCAAGUGGCAUCUCGUCCCACUAAUGGACGUACAAGACAUACGGGUCAAAAGAUCGAAGAGCACAUUGUCCAAUGACCACACAUCCUCUCAAGUCGCAUCGGAUGCGCAUUCGCAAUUAAAAUUAGAUAAUUCAGACAAUGAGUUUGAGAUGCUGGAAGAACCGACUCCUCCAGUUGAUCCGCUCCCGGUGGGGCGAGAUCGUGCAAAAAAUAAAAACAAAGGUGGUGGGUCAUCUUCAACCAACCCCGAUAUGCAAGCCCAAUUUGAAAGUAUCAACGCGAAUAUUAAAAAAUUGUUAGCCCUCGCAGAACGAGAAACCGACGCCUACGAUCUUAUGGUGCUUGGGAUGAACACUGACGGUAUGUCGGAUGUGGACAAACAAAUAAUCGAAAAACAGAAAAACAAGAUUCGCAAACGCUUUCUAUGUGCGUUGGAUGAGGACGACGAGAAUGAGAAAGAAGACGAGUAAUUAUCUUUAGGUGUUAAAAUUUUAUUGUACUUAUCUAUAAGAUUUUAAAUGUUAUUGUAGUAUCUUUUAGUUAAAUGCUCUUUCUAUUUUUAUUUGUCUAA